AUUUUACUUCAGUUGUCAUGGCUGUUCAAGGGCCCGCAUGCGAUUUACCUGAUCCAUCUGCUAUUGAAAAAUAUCAGAUUGCAGCGCAAAUUGCCAAUGAGGUUAUGAACCAGUUGAUUGUGGAGGCGGUUCCAGAAAAGAGAAUUUUUGACCUGUGUGAAUUGGGGGAUCGUUUGAUUAUCAAGUUGGCUGACGAGGCAUGCAGCUCUGGAGAUAAAAAAAAAAUAAAAAGGGGCGUUGCGUUUCCCACAUGCAUCUCCGUGAAUGAAUGUAUCGGUCAUUUUUGUCCUGGUGAAAAUAACCAGGACACGUUGAAAAAGGGUCAGGUGGCCAAAAUCGAUCUCGGUGUACAUAUAGAUGGUUUUAUUUCUCAAUGUGCACAUACGGUCGUAAUUGCUCAAGAUGACGAGUCCCCGUUGACGGGUCGUGCGGCAGAUGCGAUAUGUGCUGCGUACUACUCGGCAGAAUGUGCUGCCAGGCUGAUUCGUCCUGGCAACACAAACACACAAGUCACCUGUAUGAUCGAUAAGGUGGCCAGUGCCUUUAGAUGUACGCCCAUGGAGGGUGUGCUGAGUCACCAGUUGAAGCAGCAUGUGAUAGAUGCAAACAAGGUGAUUAUGAAUAAGCUCAGCACUAGCGACCAAGUACAUGAAAUCACUUUCGAAGUCAAUGAAGCCUAUUGCGUCGACAUCGUGAUUUCGACCGAAGAGGGCAAAUCACGACAGAGGGAUGCGCCUACGACGAUUUACAAAAGAGCGGUUGAUCAGGUCUACAAUCUGAAGCUACAAAGUUCUCGCGCUGUACUUAGCGAAAUUAACAAAAACUUUAGGACGAUGCCAUUUGCAACGCGUUCUCUCAAAGACAAAAAAGCGAAGUUCGGAAUCAUAGAAUUGAUUUCGCACAACAUGUUACAUCCCUAUCCUGUCUUGUAUGAGAAAAAUGGGGCGUUCGUGGCUCAAAUCAAGUUCACUAUUCUUCUCUUGCAAGAUGGACAAUAUCGCCUGAAUGAGUUCAAUGCUCCAUACGUAUCUUCGCAGUAUAGUAUUUCCGAAUAUCCGGAAAUUGCCAGUAUUCUAGAAGAACCGAACGCCGAGAGAGACCAGGAGGCCGAAAUUGACCCCGAGGUUUCAGCUGAACCAUAAUCUUUUUAAAUAAGGAGGGGGAAAUAUAAAAAAAUGAGCAGCGUGUAA